GGCGCAGAAGGUGAAAGCAGGUGGAGCGCGCACUACACUACCCGUCAUCCCGAGUGGAGCUCGUUCAUGUAUAUUUAUGAGGCGUUUCUGCAGUGAGGCGGAUGGAUAUUUUUGAUGUCUUGCUAAGGAGGUGGUGGCUUCUGCUCACUGAAGAAAAAAGGGCCUGAAUUUAGUUUUCCAGAACGCACCCGCCUUCGACCAGUCAUUCGCCCGCCGCUCGCGCUACCCGCGUCUCGGUGCGGAGGCUGCUCGCGCGUCACUAAUGGCAACCAGCGCGCGAAAGGAUGUGUGUGCGCGCCUUCCUGAGGGAGAACGAAAAUCGCGUAUAACUUGGGAUUUAACUCGUGUAUCGUAUAAUUUGGGAUAUAUGUGAUUAACCGCGAUCUUCAGAAACGAAUGGACGCGGGAAUGAUGCCUCUCCGUGUCGGGAUUUCCUUUCUGUGUCUCUUUGUAGCAGUGAUGAGCUCUGUUAUACAUACCAGCAUCUCCCUGACUCAUUACGGUGAGGGAGACGCCUUGGUAAAGACGAGGGCUCGGCGUGAUGACGCCAGGUUCCUCGGAAGAGAGAACACGGUCCCGGUCCGGUUAGUGUACCGAAUGGACGAAGACAGUCAGGCCGGUCAUGAUGUUCUCAACACACGGGUCCGAAUAAGCUCUGACGCUAAACAGAACCACAUGGCUCAGGCUAGCUUCCAGGUGCAGGCCUUUGGACAGACCUUCAUUUUAGACGUGGAACUGAACCAUGAUCUUCUAUCAUCAAAUUACAUUGAGAGGCACAUAACAAAAGAGGGGAAGUCAGUUGUCAACAAAGGUGGAGAACACUGUUACUACCAUGGGAAAGUACGUGAUAUUCCAAAGUCAUAUGUGGCGCUUUCAACUUGCCAUGGAUUACAUGGAAUGUUCUUUGAUGGGAACCACACAUACAUGAUUGAACCAGGAGGAGAGAAUACUACAAGUGAGGAGGUUGAUGUGCACAUGAUUUAUCAGUCUCCUGGUUUGGACCUCCCAGAGGACUUCAUUUCUGCAGAUCACCUGGCAAAGACACUGUUCCAGAACCCUCCACUGUCUAGUGCCUCCCACAGGAGGAAAAAGAGACAGAUAUUGCGAAAUCCACGGAGUGUUUCAGAUGAGACCAAAUAUAUAGAGCUGAUGGUCAUAAAUGAUCAUUUAAUGUACAAGAAACAUCGUCUUUCCGUUGGACAAACGAAUAACUACGCCAAAUCUGUUGUAAAUAUGGCUGAUCUGUACUUCAAAGAGCAACUCAACACUAAAAUUGUCUUGGUUGCGAUGGAAACAUGGGCUGCAGACAACAGAUUUAACAUCAACGACGAUCCCAUGGUGACAUUACGAGAGUUUAUGAAGUACCGAAGAGACUUUAUUAAAGAAAAGUGUGACUCCGUUCACCUUUUCUCGGGAAACCGCUUCCAUAGCAACUGGGGAGGAGCCUCAUAUAUGGGCGGAGUCUGUUCACUCACAAAAGGAGGCGGAGUCAAUGAGUAUGGAAAGACUGAAGAAAUGGCCAUAACUCUCGCCCAGUCACUAGGACAAAAUAUCGGCAUCUUUUCUGAUAAGAAACGCAUUUUAAAUGGGGAGUGCAAGUGUGAAGAUAAAUGGUCUGGCUGCAUAAUGGAUGAUGUUGGCUUCUACUUACCCAAGAGAUUUUCUGACUGUAACGUGGAAGAGUAUCAUGAUUUCCUGAACAGUGGAGGUGGUGCGUGUCUCUUCAACAAACCUUCAAAGCUCUUGGAUCCUCCAGAGUGUGGAAACGGUUUUGUGGAGGCAGGAGAGGAGUGCGACUGUGGAAACCCAGCCGAGUGUGCUAGAGAAGGGGAGAACUGCUGCAAGAAAUGUAUGUUGACUCAAGGAGCCAAAUGCAGUGAUGGUCUCUGUUGUAAGAACUGUCAGCUGGAGUUUAUGGGUGUGCUUUGUCGUGACGCUGUCAAUGAUUGUGACAUACCUGAAAUGUGCACUGGUAACUCCAGCCAGUGUCCUCCAAACCUACACAAGAUGGAUGGGUAUACAUGUGAGAAAGACCAAGGAAGAUGUUUCAAUGGCAGGUGCAAAACCAAGGACAGACAGUGUAAAUACAUCUGGGGAGAGAAAGCAACAUCGGCUGAUAAGUUUUGCUAUGAGAAACUCAACAUGGAGGGCACAGAGAAGGGCAACUGUGGACGUGACAGAGACACCUGGAUUCAGUGCAAAAAACAGGAUGUACACUGUGGAUACCUGCUGUGCUCCAACAUUUCUCCUGCACCAAGACUAGGAGAGUUACAUGGAGGUUUGACUUCUUUCUCCGUGGCCCAGCACAGCGCCUCACUGGACUGCAGUGGAGGCCAUGUGCUGAUUGAUGGUGACAUUGAUUUGGGAUACAUAGAGGAUGGAACGGCGUGUGGGACGGAUCGCAUCUGUUUUAAUCACAAAUGCCUCCCAGUGCAGGAAUUCAACUUCAGCACUUGCCCCGGCACCAACGAAAGGGUGAUCUGCUCCGGACAUGGGGUGUGCAGUAAUGAACUCAGGUGUGUGUGUGACCUGGGCUGGGCAGGUGAGGACUGUAACUCCACCUCUCCUCUGAGUUACUUACUGGUGCGACCCACAGCCAAAACACCAGGCAUCAUCACUACUAACAUCAUCAUCGGGGCAAUUGCAGGCUCUAUCCUGGUCCUUGCACUGAUUCUUGGCAUUUCUGCAUGGGGAUACAAGAGCUACAGACAGCGUCAGUAUGUGGAGUCAGAAGUACACAGAAGAUUCUGUCGUCAAAUGCCUGCUGGUGAUUACGUGAAGAAGCCUGGAGAUGCUGAUUCUCUGUACAGUGACAUGCCGCAGGGCGUGAGCUCAAACUCUGGCAGCAGCUCCAAGAAGAGGUCUGCCUACCUGUCUCACCUACAGAUCAACACCCGCUCUUUCACCGCCUCUAUCCCUUCCAUCAGCCAAAACAUCUCUCUGUUCGGGUUCAGAUCUAAUGGUCUGUCUCACUCCUGGAGUGAAAGAAUCCCAGAUGCCAAGCACAUCUCUGACGUCUGUGAAAAUGGACGACCCAGGAGCAACUCGUGGCAAGGAAACAUCACAGGUACCCGUAAGAAGCUCAAGGGAAAGAAGUUCCGUCCGCGCUCCAACUCUACAGAGUAUUUAACCCCUUGCGUCAAAUCAGAGUAUUAUGUAACUAAAUGGGUAGAAGAUGUGAAUAAAAACACUGAAGGACCUUAUAUUAGGACAUUGUCACCCGCCAAAUCGCCCACUUCUUCAACGGGCUCCAUUGCCUCCAGCCGGAGAUACCCCUACCCCAUGCCUCCCCUUCCAGAUGAGGAAAGAAAGGCCAACAGACAGAGUGCCAGGCUGUGGGAAACGUCAAUAUAAAAGAACUCCUCGAAAAUGGUCUGCAAACUCCGUAAAAAGAUUUUCCUCCACUUUUGUAUGAAUGAGAAAAUGAAAUAAGAAAAUAAGGAAUUCAAAUGGAGAAACAAGGGACAAGUGAAUGGAAGAAUUGGGCAUGGUCUUCUCUGAUCUCUGUUCAGCAUUUUCGGUAUGGAGCCAUCCCACCCUGGACAUUGAGGAACAUGGUAUCAGAUUCCCAUUCCUGCUGUCAUUCAUAAACAGGACUCAGGAAUACAAUUUCAUCACAGGACAGUCCCGGAAUGGCAGCCGUGCUAAGCAGAAACAGAUACAACAGCAGCCACUUGUGCCCUGGAUAAACCCCGCCCCCUCUUGUGACCCCACACAUGCCCAGUCCCGCCUCCAAACACAUGCUGUCUUGUGAUUGGUGCCCUUGUUGCCCGGUUCCAAGAAGCUCAUGCAGGAGCAGGAAGUUAACUAUUGUUUUGAACGCACGCUGUCACUGUAGAACCUACUGCUGCAUGCAUGAGAAAACAUGUUUAUCGAUUCCUUGUAGUGUUAACGGUGUACAAAUGUUUUAAGAUCUUUCACUCAAGGGUGCCGCAUGUAUUGAAGGACAGCUUCGUAGGCUGGUAAGAUUCAAUCCCAUCUGAAACCCCCACGUCCACUUCACCAGAAUAUCAUCCGGGUCCGUUCAUGCAGUCAUCUCUUCUCAGAGAAGUUUGUACAUAUGUCAUAUAAUUCAGAGUGAAAUGUGAGUUUUAAUGUUUGUCUGUGCAGAGCGUGGUGGAACUUCUCUUCUGCUUUAGAGUGUCCCGUGAUCGUCUUUCUAAAUUUAGAGAAUUCAUCACAAGCCUAGCACACGCUACAAGGCAGAAGCGCCAUUUCAUGAUUUCUGCAUCAGUCCCAGGUCAUAGCAGUACAUCCAAAAUCUUCUACUUCAAAUUGAGUAGUUAAAGAUGUAAAGAUCAAUUUGAAAGUUGUGACAACUGGAAAUAGCUAUGGACUACCACUACCAAAGAGAAGUCUGUCGUUUUUAAUGGAAGCUUGUUUCUGUCACAGAAUAAAACAAUUAAAAAAGUUAAUUACAACUCUGCAAUUCUGGCUUUUAUUUAUGUAUUUAUUUAUUUUACUCAGAACAGAAUUGCAAGAUAGGCUGUAAAAGCUUUUUCUUGCAAAUCUGAGUCUAGAACUUGCAAUUGCAACUUUUCUAUCAGAAUUGUGAGAUUAAUUCUGUGGUGGAAACGAACCUCCAAACAUCUUGACUAAACAUUACAAGGUCAAGAGAGAGACAGAAGUAAUAUGAAUGGAUGAAUUGUUCACAAUAGCAUACACCAUAGGUCUUCAGUCGUGCUUCUGGGAACCCACUGUCCUGCAGAGUUUAGCUCCAACCCUAAUCAAACACACCUGAACCAACUAAUCAAGGUCUCCAGGAUCACUUGAAAAGUCACAGGCCAGGUGUGCUGAUACCAGAGGGGCAGGGUUUCAUAUUUUAUUGAAGCAGCCCUGGGCGCCACCAUUGGCUAGCGGACCCCCACCUGCUGUUAGCAUUCCAUUGACUCCCAUUCA